CACGCUGUAUUCUACUGCUGCCAACAAAAUUCGGUGAUUUGUCAUAAUUUUUGUAAAAGUUUUUUUUCUGCAAAACGUGUGUAAAGUGCGUGAAAAAAGAGAAAAAUAUAAAUUCUAUAUUUUAAUUAGUUCAACUACCUGCCAGCCAGCCAGCCAACCUACCGCCUGCCUGUUUUGUAUUCACGCACUAAAUUAAAACACAAUGAGUUCGCCAAUUGUUACACGAAGGGGUGCUCAAAAAGCUAAAAUUCAAACUCGCGCAAUGGUCAAAUCAGCAGUGACAGCAGCCACAGUAAAUUCAGUAGAGAAUCGCAAACCGAGUGCGGCACUUCUGGAAGCAAAACGCAAAGCAAAACUAUUGAAAAUGCAGCAGCAAAAUCAACAAGAAUCUGUAGUAAAGGAUAUAUUUCAAAAUGCGGUGAAUGCAAAAUACAUGACUCAACGUCCCACUGGUCUUAUUUAUGAUGAAUCCAUGUCUCAACAUCGUUGUCUCUGGGAUAACGAACAUCCAGAAUGUCCAGAAAGAUUCAUACGUGUUUUAGAUCGUUGUAGAGAAUUGAAUUUAGUUGAGCGCUGCCAAAUUUUACCUUCAAGGCGAGCUACCAAGGAUGAAGUAAUGCUCCUUCAUAGUGAUGAACACUAUCAAUUACUGGAGAAGACUUCAGGAGUUAGUGAUGAUGUCAAAAUGGAAGAUUUAAGUUCACAAUUUGACUCGGUUUAUAUACAUCCGACCACAUUUGAUUUGUCGUUAUUGGCAGCGGGCUCAACAAUUGACUUAGUUGAAGGUGUUAUUAAUGGUAGCAUACAAAAUGGCAUGGCCAUUAUACGUCCACCCGGGCAUCAUGCUAUGAAAGCGGAAUUUAAUGGCUAUUGUUUCUUCAAUAAUGUGGCAAUAGCAUCACAGUAUGCCUUAGAUAUAUUGAAAUUGAAAAAGAUCAUGAUAAUCGAUUGGGAUGUUCAUCAUGGCCAAGGUACACAGAGAUUCUUUUACAAUGAUCCCAGAGUACUUUACUUUUCAAUACAUCGUUUUGAACAUGGCACCUUUUGGCCUAAUCUGAAAGAAUCCGAUUUCGAUGCUGUUGGCCAUGGUCCGGGUUUGGGUUAUAAUUUCAAUUUACCCCUUAAUAAGACUGGCAUGGGCAAUGGUGAUUAUUUGGCGAUAUUUCAACAAAUAUUGAUUCCAGUUGCUGUGGAAUUCCAACCAGAAUUGAUAAUAAUUUCUGCCGGCUAUGAUGCAGCUUUGGGAUGUCCUGAGGGAGAAAUGGAAGUAACUCCUGCCUUUUAUCCCCAUCUAAUUAAUCCUUUAAUAAAGUUGGCCAAUUCGCGUUUGGCUGUUGUUUUGGAGGGAGGCUAUUGUUUGGACUCGUUAGCAGAGGGAGCUGCUCUAACAUUGAGAGCCUUAUUGGGUGAACCUUGUCCUUUACUGGUGGAGAAACUACAGCCACCGAGUGCUUCCAUACAGGAGUCCAUAUUAAAUUGCAUUUACUCUCAUCGACCCUAUUGGAAAUGUUUGCAGGUGCAAGACUCCUACACCAUGGAAGAUUUAAAUAAUGUUAACCCCCAACCAAAUCUACAUAAAGUUAAUCGUAUAUUUAUUGGAGGUGAACCAUUGCCCGAACGUUUCCCCACACGAGGUACUGGUCCCAAAACUCCAUUGGAAGUCAAAGAACAAAAUUCAUUGCGCCUCCAGAGACUAAAAGAAGAAACCAAAUUGUUUUCACCACAAAUACGCGUCUGCUAUGUUUACGACGAAUUUAUGCUGAAACAUUCGAAUACCUAUGAGGAGGGACAUCCAGAACAACCCGAGCGUAUAAGUAAAAUAUUUGAAAUGCAUCAAGAUUACAAUUUAUUAAAUCGAAUGCAGCAUGUGCAAUCACGUACGGCUACAACCGAUGAAAUCUGUUUGGCCCACACCCGAUCCCAUGUAAAUGCGAUACGUCGUAUAGGCGAGAAAGAUGAACUUCAAAACAUGGGCGCCAAAUACAAUUCCGUCUAUUUUCAUCCAACAACAUUUGCUUGUGCCACACUGGCGGCCGGUUCUGUGCUGCAGGUGGUCGAUAAAGUUGUGAAAGGCGAGGCUCGCAGUGGAGUUUGUAUUGUACGGCCACCGGGACAUCAUGCUGAAUCGGAUGUUCCUCAUGGUUUUUGUAUAUUCAAUAAUGUGGCCAUUGCAGCCCAGUAUGCCAUCAGGGAUCAUGGUCUCAAGCGGGUGCUUAUUGUAGAUUGGGAUGUCCAUCAUGGCAAUGGUACACAGCAUAUAUUCGAAUCGAAUCCUCAGGUGUUGUAUAUAAGUAUUCAUCGUUACGACAAUGCCACAUUCUUCCCGAAAAGUAAAGAUGGGGACUACGAUGCUGUGGGUAAGGGGGCUGGUGUAGGAUUUAAUGUUAACAUUCCCUGGAACAAGAAAGGCAUGGGCGAUUUGGAGUACGUAAUGGCUUUCCAGCACAUCAUCAUGCCCAUAGCAUAUGAAUUUGAUCCAGAAUUGGUUUUAGUUUCGGCUGGCUUUGAUGCUGCCAUAGGAGAUCCACUUGGUGGCUGUAAGGUAACACCCGAAGCAUAUGGUCUCUUUACCCACUGGCUGUCGGCCUUGGCUAAUGGCCGCAUUAUUGUCUGCUUAGAAGGUGGCUACAAUGUCAAUUCCAUAUCGUAUGCCAUGACCAUGUGUACGAAAUCGCUACUGGGCGAUCCUAUACCAGCAAUAAAUCUAAAUGGCAGCGUUUCGCGGCCUCCUACGGUGGCCUAUUUAAGCUGCAUGGAAACGUUACAGAACUGUAUAGGAGUCCAACAACGGUAUUGGAAAAGUUUAGCUUUUGGAAAGAGAUUGCCACAGACAUCGGGUGAAAACAACAAUGAGGAUUUUCUUUCUGCUACUUUACAAAAUUUAGAUAUUACAAGGGAUGAUGUCCAAGGCGCUGCUGGUGGUUCUCAGGACUCGGACACCAAUGUGUCGCUAGAGGCAAGUGGCAGUAAACCGAAGGUAAAAGUAAAAACUCUUACAGAAUUUCUCACAGAGCACAUGCAGGCUUUUGAAAAUAAUGAAAUGUUUGCUGUUGUUCCAUUAAAAAAUUGUCCUCAUUUGUCCCAGUUGCGUCCAGGGGAUGCACCCAAAACAAUAAAUACAUCAAUGCCCUGCCAUGAAUGUUCGUCGACGGCUGAAAAUUGGAUGUGUCUGAGUUGUCAAAGAGUUUUGUGCGGCCGUUACGUUAUGGAGCACAUGCUGUAUCAUAGUUUGGAAACAUCCCAUCCAUUAGCAUUAAGUUUUAGUGAUUUGUCCGUAUGGUGUUAUCCGUGCGAAUCCUAUAUUGAUAAUAGUAAAUUACAUGCCUACAAGAAUUUGGCUCAUCGUCAUAAAUUUGGCGAAGACAUGCAGUGGUCAUACGACGAUGAUGGCGCUCAACAACACAAACACCAGAACUGUAAUAGUGAUACGGAUAGCUAUGACGAGGAGGACAGCAACAGUGAUAGUUUAAGACAGCAACUUGAGAAUACCUAUUAUAUACAAUUGAAUUAUGACUCAAAUAACUGACAUUUGCUUUCGGUACUGCUUGAGUCAGUACAGCAUCAAAUAUGUUUGCUGUUUCCUUCUUUGCGUCCAGUUUUUCAAUAUGUUUUACAAUACAUUUGGCCUUUGGUACAACGUUUAUGUGCGAAUAUUUUACAUUAUUUUAUGGCAAAUUAAUCGGAUGAUUCAUAAAUUGAAACUAAAUUUUAACUAGACUAUUUUUAAACAACACACCUACAUACAUACAUAUAUAUUAGAUUAAAUUAAAUUACAUUCUUACAUACAUACAUAUAAAUAUGUAUAAUUUAGUUAUAAAUUAUAUAUUUUUGUUUGUUUUCCAUAAUCAAACUUAACACCUUUCCAUUUGACCAAUGAGGCACAAGAUUAUCUACAUUUAUUUCUUUUCACCUUGCCAAAGCUCUUUACAAUACCUAACUAAUUGCAAGUAUUUUCUUUAUAUCCAUUUUUUUAUAACAAAUUCACUUGUUAGAAAUAAUCUAAAAUUCUGCACCUAAAUACUAUUUAUUGACUAUUAAUUGUUCUUUGACAAACAAAAUGAAGAAAUCUGUUGAAACAUUUUUAUAUAUUUUAUUUCUUGUUACGUCUAUUUAAUUAUUUUUCUUUUAUAAAAUCUCUAAACAUGACUAUGUAAACUUUGCUUUAACAGCUAAAAAAUAAAAUAAAUUUUGUUAAAAUCUUGUUAUAUUUCCGAAAUUACAUAAAUUAUUUUUCUUUAAAUAAACAAAAAAAAAUAAAAAAUAUUGACAAAUAAAAAUACAUACCUACAUAUUAACUAAAAUAUUAUUAGAAACUAACUGUACUCUAGGUUGAUUGUAAAUUAUUUAUUAAGCUUAAAUAAAUAAAAAAAGUGAAAUAUUGAUAUUUCAUAGAUACAAAUUUAGAGUUAAAACAAAACUACAAAAUACAUACUUAUGUACAUCAAAUACAAAGUAUGUACAUAUGUAUAUUCUUACAUGUAUGAAUUAAUUAAUGCAUGUUUAUACUUAUACAUAAUAAUAAUAAUGCAUCAACAAAUAUUAUAUAAUAAUUAUCUAUGUUUAAGUAUUAAAGUUAAUCAUAGUGUUACGUAUAGUUUAAUGUGCAACACAAACAAAUCGGAAAAAUAAACAACAAAUUAAUACUAAAAUAUUCUAAAUA